CAGUAUGCCGACAGUGGAGUUUUCAGUUGUUCGCAAACCCGCGGUCUUCCCGGAUUGCCCCCUCUCCCGCCAUCACACGAAACACCAUCUGAAUUAUACCAGGUUCGUUUUAUUUUUGCAGCUGGGGGAGAAAAUUCAAUGCGCAAAUCUUUGUUUUGUCGAAUGCGACAAUUUCAGUUUAAUUAAGUGGGAAAAACCAGCUGCCGCGAUGUGAGAAAUAGCAUUGUCUCGUUGGAUUAUCCCACUGGUUUUAAAAACACAACUUGAAGUGUAAAACGGCGAGCCACUUAGUUAAGCACUAGUCAUUCAUUAUUGAUUUAGCUCAGGAAGUCGAAGUGACUUUAUUACAGUUGCUAUGCAAGCGCUAAAAUAUUUGAAAGAUAAGGAAAUGGAAAAGGUCCAGAUGGAAUUGCUUGAAAUUAAUAGACGGAUUCGAGAACAGGUAUGGAUUUUGUCCCAUGGCAUGAAUUUGGCUUAGCGAUAUCACAGUUCGAUUCUUGUUUGUAUAUACCCAGGAUUGUUUAUUAUAACCGAAUUUCGAAAUACAAUCUUUAGCCCAUGCAACCAUGUGACCAAAGAAAAACAAGCCUGACUUAGAUCUGUUGAAAGAGAUAAACUUGUACCCAAAAUUUUUUUUUGUUUACAAACUUUAAUGUAUAACAUAUCCUUUAUUCAAUGAUUCAUUUGUCAGUGAUUCUUAACAUCGCGCUGGCAUUAAUCCCAAUGCAACUUGUUACCUUAACAAUCAAUUCAUUGAAAGUGUAUUGAGAAUCUUGAAGUUUUAGUAUUUGGUUAGGUGCUUUUCUUUCUGUGCCGGAAUUUAACUUUACAGCAGGGUCUCAAAUGCGUAAACCAUGAUCAUGGUGUGUUGAUGACUCUCUAAUUUUAUCGUUUGCACCCCUAACCGAGAUGAAACAGCAUGAAGUUUGCUUGUCGUUAAAAUCUUCCUCACUAACUCAAACCCGAUGGGUCUGUAUAUGUGUAUGGUAGGCUGGGUGUGUGCCUUCAGAUCAUUAACUUUUUGCAAAAUUAAAAUAUUGAACAUCGGAACUUUCACCCAGCUGGUAGCUGGAGAAAAAAUUACUCUUCAAAUGAGAAGAUGGGUGAAAGGUUUUUGUUCCGUUUUUAGAUACAAAGUACAGUCAACCCUCUGAUCUGAGACAGACACUUUUGGGACAGGCAGUGUCAGUCUAACAAUGGUGUCCGUCUUAUGGAUAAAUAAAGGGAGUAAAGAAAGGCAGGGACCAGCUUUAGGUGUCCGUUUUACAGAACUGUCUGUCUUAUACACAGGAAAAAAUAACGGAUUCCCAUUUUUGGAUAUUUUAGGGUAUUUAAAGAAUACCCACAAAAAUCUUAAAUUUGGAAGAGUGAGACAAGUCCCAAUCAGGGAACUUGGUUGGGAAUUCCCUGGUUGGGACUUGUCCCACUUUGCCAAAUUUGGGAUUUUUAUGGGUAUUCUUUAAAUACCCUAAACUAUCCAAAAAUGGGAAUCCGUUAUUUUUUUCUGUGAUAGAGGUGUCCAUUGAGAGAGAGUUCACUGUGCUUCCAAAAAGGAUCCUAGUACAUUUCCCUUUUAAAGUCAUCUAAAGCAAGAUACAGACCUUGUGGCUUAAAUAUCUAGCAGCAAACAGUAAAUAGAUUGAGACAAAAAAAAUAUGGAUGUGCCAAAUUUGUACAGGUUAAUGUGCUUCAUGAUAUAGGGAUGAUGUUUUGUAGAUUGUGCUACGUCACAGUGAACACCCACCAAUAAUGAAGGACCCAUCAUGGACCCGAGCAGCACCAUUCAAAGAAACAGCUUAUGCCAGAACACCAAGUGAAUCCAUCGCUAAUAACUUCACCCCAACUGCAAGUGGAUUAAAGAUAAGAAAUCUUGGAAAAAUACAAACACCUGUCAGACCACCAACAAGGGCUCCAGCUCAGCAAGCUUGUAUCCUCAAAAAUAUAAUUUACAGUAAUAAAGUUUGUGUUAAUAUUUUACAGUAAGCAUAUUGUUAUUCAACCUUUCCCAGUGAUAGCUUUUUGGGAACAAUGAAAGUGGGGGAAGACAGAGGGGAUGGGAGAAUUGGGAAAAUAGGGCAUGUCAGGGAUAAGGGAGGCAGAAAAGGAAAGGGUGGGAGAUACCCAGGAGUUCUAUUAGGGUGGGAAGUGGGAAAAAAAGGGUGAUUAUGCCACUAUGCUCAAUACAGGUACAAUCAUAAAAGGCUAAAAGGUGGAAGUCAACAAAAAGGUGCAGGAGUUGGGAAUGCCAGGUACGAGAGGCAAGAGGUUUGGACCCCCUGUCCCCUCAUGAAACAACUAAACAUGCUGUAACAGAACUAAGAACCCAACUUGCGGGAAGUUAUUUACUCGACAUGAAAGAAUGGAUUUCCAUGUAUGGCUGCCCACCCUCCAAUAUCACAAAAUCUUUUAGUUUUGUAACAGCCAUUCUUGCAAAUGGCUGUUGCAAGACCCAGUAGCAAAAAACACCACUUUUUGGAGCGAGUAUCCCUUAAGGUGGGGGCAAGGGUGGAGUUUGUAAUGCUUUAUGAAAUAUUUAUAUAAAAUAUAAUAAUAGUUUAUACUUGAAAACCAAUGAUGACCUUGACAUGGUCAAGCAAAAGAUGCAUCCUUGCCCAGGAAAAGAGUGGCUGGUCCUCAUGCUAGGAGUAAAUCAGAAGGGGAAAAACCCAAGUAUGUUUUUUGUCUUUAAACAUGCAUUCGAAGAUGUCAUGGAAUGCCCUGACAAUAACAAAUCUUUAUUUGUACUCUCUCUUACCUUGUCAGAAAUUACAACAGUGGAAAUAUUGAAAAUGAAACUAGAGUCCUGGCUGCCUAGAAUAACCACAGAGGCUAACAGAGCCAGGCAGCCAGUUGAAAUCAGCAUAAAACAGAAAUACAGAACUAUACAAUUCUUAUAGACACCCCUGUACUGUGGACAAUAGUAAUUUUUAACCCAGUUUUAAAGAUACCAGAAUCCACAGAUAUCUCUAGCUCUCCUCCAUUAGAACAUCUCCUCUAGAUGUAAUCAGAGAUUUUGCAUGAAAAUGGCGUAAAUUGGUUCAACAGAGGAGAGGACAAAAUAUCCGCCAGUCUUGAUUUAUUCCGCAUGGUGUACACAGUCCACCUCAAGUGUAUGGUAUCAAGUAUAUGGUAUGGAAUAGUGAUGAGUUCCAGAGGAAAAUAUAAUUUGAAUCGAGGAUAAAUAAUAUCAUUGUUGUACUAUACCAUAGACACUUGAAUCUUUUACAAAAUGCAGGUCACAGGUCACAACUGCAGGUUUUAAUUAGAGUACAAGUCACUGUGCUACAGUCAAAUAUAUACAACUCUAAAAGUGUCUCCUAGCCUUAUUAAUCACAAUCCAAAACAAGUGUUUGAGCUUUAGGGAAAACUGUCUGUCUCAAUUAUUUAUCAACAGAAAAGUGAUCUGUACUAGUGACGUGUGACCUGUGUUUUGUACAUGCCAUUUGGUGUCGGUAUUAAGGAUGUUUCACUGUAAUACAGUAAGACUUGCAGUGGAUGCUGAUUGUUUCUUUUUUAUGUUGCCUUUAGUCUACCCCCCAGCCGAGCCAUGACACCCGCAGAACAGUUAGAUAUUAUAAGAUCCUUUGAGGCGGUGGAAAGCAUGGAUGAUGAGGCAGUCUCCAAACGAGAUCUUGAGGUGGGAAUAUAUGACUGAUAUCAACAGUUUUCUUUACGUUUAUCCAUUGGAAUGAUUAUGUUUUAACUUUUGACAAAACAGUUUUUGUUCAGCUACACAAUGAAACCUUUUUAAUGUGACCAUCUAAUGAGUCUUCAGAAGUCAAGAUGGUCAUAUUAAUCAGGCUUUUACUUAAGAAAAUGCCUGAGUUACAUUUGGGCUGUGCUGAAAUAGUGUGCUUGUAUUAAUGGUUGGUUAAGUUCACCUCCUGUUUAGCAGAGUUGAAUGACUGACAGUAUGCCCAGCUGAAGUUUGCGGAGUGCAGGUUCAGGGUCUCUGUUAAGACUGUUAAGAUUUGGAGCAGGUGGAUGCAUUUUUCUCAUCUGCUGUGGUGCAUGCUCUGAGCACUCCAUGUGAUAAGUGUUUGAAGCAUAUUUCAGCAUGUAUGGGGACUCAUGGCUGGGUUAGGGGGUUUGUUCAUUGUUGAGGGGCUGGCUGUUCACAGUGAAAGCUAGCCCCAUGACAUCACAAGCACCCUCAUCAGCUUUCAAGCUUCCAUUUGCUAUAUAACCUGGUUUAUCAAAAUAUGAUGAUGAUGAUGAUGAUGAUGAUGAUGGCAGGGUGUGUCAUUACAUGAAGCCUCAUUAUUAUACUCUAAAAUCAUAUGGGCCAGCUAAAAUGCAUCUUUAAUUUUCUUCUUGGGUGGGAGGGGGGAGGUAGGAAAACUAAUAUCUUUGAAAAAAUAAUGAUCAAACACCUAAAAUUAUCAUUCCUUGCAAAUUUUUCUUCCUUUUCAUUGGCCGAGAGCCCACCACGUGACCUGCAAAUAACUGCCUACAAAUAAUGGUCUGCUCAUGCACAAUGUCAUCCAACUUUGUUUGGCUGCGGAUAAUAUUCUGCUCGUGCGUAAAUGAAACCACGCUUUUCUCCUUCCUUCGAUUGCUCUUAAGUGAAAAUGGCAGAGUGCUUCGCUUCCUGAAGAUAUUCAUUAAAAAAACAAACCCGGUGAUCCAGCCUUCAGCUUCGGCCAAUAAUUGAUCGCUACUGACAAAUCGUGAUAUUUUGCUCAACUCUGUUGAAUAAUUGUUAAUUAUUCAUUAGAAGUUAAGUGAGAGAGUUACAAUUAUAGAUGUGUGAAUUGAUUUUUGUCUAUGUGUAUUCAUUAUGUUCAGCGCUAUGAAUACUACAUUUCUCGUGGAGUUCCAAACCAUUCUUUGGCAGCCCAAGAUCCAGAAGUAAUGGAAAGAAUACUACAGAAAAGAAUCCCAGAGAAACUGCGGAGAAAUACAGAACUUGAUCCUCUUGUCACUGAACUCAAGCAGGAGGUGGUCAGUGACUAUGACUUCAGUGUCCGCAAGGCAAUCGGUGAGUUGCAUAAACAUAGGUACUAGGUAAACCUAUGACUAAAUUUGGGAGGAAAACUUAAAAUUUUCCUUUGUAGCAAAUUAACUCAACUUUUUUCAGUAUAAGUCAGUGUUUUGUGAACACUUCUCUAGCAUCAAGAAACUGUGCAUAUUUAAUGAAACAAUAAGUGAAUAAUAAUUAUUUCACAUUGAAUGGUAGAUUAUGGCCAAUUUUGUAUUAAAGGCGCAUUUUAUGGCUACCGGUAAGUAUGUAUCUUAAAGCUUAUUUCUGAUUUGAAAGGUUCAAAUAAGCGUGGCUCUAGCUGCUUGCUUAAAUUUAGAAGUUCUUAGUAGGGUUGCAAUUACAGCUCCUUGGUCAUUCUCAUAAACAGCAAAAUAAUAGUUUAACUCCUCACAGGCAAUUUAUUCCUUACUUGUUACAUUUAAUUGGCUGUUAAUAGUCAUCACUUUUUGUAUUUUGUUGGCCACAAAUCUAGUUACCACUUUUUGUAAUUUAUUUGUUAGCCACAAAUCAAGGUACACAACAAAACUGUAGUGUUACCCCCAGAAACAAAUAAAAUUGUUAUUUGUAUUAACAGAUAAUGACCAUUGCUUCCCCUAAUUUUGCAGUUGAUUACAUACUAAUGGAUCCAUGUGAAAGACAAAGAUUACACAUCAAAGAAACACCAAAAGUUUUUCCACUGAGGUAUUUACUUAUUAUUCUAUUAUUUUCUUCUAUCUUCCCUAAAACCUAUAAUUUCACUAUAAAAUAGAUGUGGUGUCCAGGUGAAAUAUUUACCAUAAAUGCUUUUGUAUGAAGGACGUUUUAUAUUGGCUGUCUUUUGACUUCAUCAAAGUUUCUGGUUUGAGGCCUUAGUUUUUGAAGGCAUACAUGUACCCUCUAUAAAACUACGAUUUUUUAAAUACAUUAACACCUCAACUACUCCACAAACGCCCAUGUGGAACUACCUUCCCGAUACCACUUGUGACAUAAUUAGUUUUUUAGUCAUUUAGAACUUUGAUUCCUAACUUGUCGGGCUGAUAAGAUCUUUUAAACCAUAGGAGCAGUCUUGAAAUUUGUGUUCUUGCCAUGUCUGAUUUUUUAAGGCUGUAAGUUUGCAUUAGGAACAAAAGCUCAAAUGGUGCUGGCCUUGAAAACAACAUUUUUGAUAAUUUUGGAGAUUUUUGGCCAAAGUUACCAGAGAGCAGUUCGACUAGCUAGCUAUAAUGUCAAAAAAUUUCCAUAUGUUGAAUGAUGAUGUUGUUGAUGAUGAUUUCUGGAUGUUGAUGUUUUGUUUCUUCUUCAGGACUGUGAGAGCACCUGUUCCAUGGCGAAACACAUAUCAUUUAGCAAAAGAGUCCUGCACAAAGAAUCUGUUCAUUACAAAUCCAGUGAUGAUGAAAAUUCAGAACCUUUGGUAUGACCGGUAAGUGGUUUUAUUUUUAAUGUGUAAAAGUUGUGGACAGAUUUACAGACACAGGGUUUGAGCUAGGAUUUGAUCACUGGGGGACAAUUUGUCCCCUUGGCUAAAAUUUUGGGGGACAUUUUCAUUUUUAGGGGGACAGAAAUUUGUACACCCUUCCUUCUUAGCAGGGCUUCUGAUAGAGUGUGCUUCCUUUCGAGUUUUUUCCCUAAAUUUUGAAGGGGACAAAUUGUCCCCUUGGCCGUUUUUUAAAGGGACAAUUCCAAUUGCAGUGCGGGAUUGGCGCAAAGGCGCGGCCUGGCUCAAACCCUGCAGACAUACUGUAUAAGACUCAGUGGUGAAACAGAGUGAUGUCAGUCAGUCUCAUUGACUGCUGAAGUGAGAUGAUGACUGCUUCCAGAAUUAAUCAAGUGACAUUAUCAUGGGAUACAAAUUUUUCUUCCUUUUUAUUGGCCUAGAGCCCACCAAGUGACCUGCAAAUAAUGGUUUGCUCCUGCGCAAUGUCAUCCAACUGUGUUUGGCUGCAAAUAAUAUUCUGGUCAUGUGUAAAUGAAACCACUCUUUUCUCCUUCUUUCGAUCGUUCUUGUGUGAAAAUGGCAGAUUGUCUUGUUACCCACUGACAAAUCACAAUAUAUUACUCAACCUGGUCCAGUAAUAAUUGUUAAUAUUAAAUCGGGGAUUGUUCAUUUGUGAUGGCUAAAACUUAAGAAGGGUGUUUUCGUUUGCUUGUUGACAUUAAUUUCCCCCCUCUCCCUGCUCAAGGUAGUCUAAAGAAUUUUUGAAUCUCAGGUAGCAGGUUUAAUAAUGUUGUGCCUUAGGUUACUUUUGAGACCAAAGUGGUGAUUUUUAAUCAUUAAUUCUCUGUUGUGUUUUAUUAAGAUUCUGUGGUGUUAGGUUUGUUGAUGGUGAAAAGCUGCUUGCCUCUGGCCUCCCUGUUACUCCUACAGAGUUUGAAUCCCUUGUCAAACAGCAGUGUGCAACAACAAGAGAAUUUCUCAAAAGAACGUAAGUAUACAUGAAGGAGGGCUUGACAGUUUUGAGUUUUAUCUUUCUUUAUGAUCACACUGGAAAUUUUUGAACUCAAGGGAGAUGUGUCAAGAGUAAGGAGUGUGCCUCUUGCACCUCUGGCAUGAUUUUUCAUGUUAAAUUAAUGCAUUAGUUUAUCUGAAAAUACAGUUUAAAAGAAGAAAGUUUUCUACAAUAAAAUUCUAAACAUGUCCAAUGGUUUACCUGCACAAACCCAAACUGCUGAAAUUGUCCCUUUAUAUAGAUUCCUUACAAUGAUAUUUAGUGACACUUAGUAAUCUUGGUGUUUCAAGCAAUGCGAUUGGUUUGCUAUCUCAGAUUGUGAUGUCACUGUGAUGGACUAUUACAUCUGAUUGAUUAUUUAUAGAUGGAUUCCAGCAUGUGCAAAAAUCCUUAUUGAUGAGCGCCAGGAAUGGAUGCACUUGGUUCCCAACUCAGAGGGUGAUUCUACCAUCCUUGUACAGCAGUUCUUUGCAUGUCUUGCAGCACUCAUGUCCACUCAGCUUCGCAGCCUUGUUAUCAACUCCCUUGCAGACUUUGUCAGCUUUUUAAGUUUCUACAAGGUAACUACUUCUUAACUUUUAACCUGGACAAAAGUCCUUGUGACAGUGAUGCAGCAUUUGUGAUACUAUUAUCUGUAAUUUCUGAGUGCCCUCGUAAAUGGUGCAACCUUUUUGAAAAUAUCUGGCAGUUUUUCCCACCCUAUACAAUGUUGAAACUCAGCAAAAAUUUGGGAUACACACUUCCAAUUUUGUUUGUGGUGUGUGGGGAAGGUAAGGGCAUAUGUGGUUUUAAAAAAGCUGCACAAAUGCAAAUUUGUUUCAAGGUUUUGUCCAUGAUUAUAGCUAGAGAUGGUGCAAAGUUGCUAGCUUAUUGUCUUGACUAUGAUCGUGAAACUUACUUCUUUUAUUUAGUGCCUACUAACAGAAGUUUUUUGUUAUUUAUCUUGAUAAAGACACUGUGAAUAAUUGUUUUCUCUAGAAUGGGAAUGAUUUUGGAGAAACUUAUUCUGACUUGGAGUAUGUCAAAACUGAGGUAUGUGAUUAAUAAAGCAGGGUUCAUGGUGCGGUAUGGUAGUGGGCAAUAUUCUUAAUUAUAAAUAAUAAUAAUAAUAAUAAUAAUUAUUAUUAUUAUUAUAAUUCAUUAGUGCCAGGAACCAAUAGUGUUAAACAAACCUCUGAGCUAUGUUGUGAAGUUCCAAUCCAUCAUGGAAGGUUUUGAGCUCCAUGCAGUGGUUAUCAGCAUAAGAUUUCUCUUUUUAGGGGUUAAUGUUGAAUCAGUGUGAAAUGUUGCAAGAAUUAAUGGCAUGAUAAAAACGGCCCACUCCAGUCAGUGACAAUGUUUUUGGACUUCAACACGGUUUCUUGAACUUUGACUCAUUUAUGAACUUCCUUUGUCUGCUAGAUCAUGACAGUUCAGCUGAAGAUUGAUGGUGGCAAGUUGACGUUUGACCCUCCAUUCAGAGAACUGCGUGAUAUCCUGCUCAGACUCGUGACAGAUAUUGUGCAAAAUGCAGCAGAGCUACCAAGGGUAAAUCACUUACAGAGUUUCUAGAGAACCUUUUUUGGGCUGUUCAAGGAACUAUGUUUAACUGAUUAAAAACAAUUGCUUUGUAGUAUCGCAAACCUCUUGAGCAGCAUAAUUGAAGUUAAAAUGUGUUCUGCUACAACACUUUGAAAGAUGUAAAACUCCAAAGUAAAACAUUAAUCGGUACACCUGGCCCCAGUUGUUCAAAAGGUGGAUAACACUAUCCGCUGGAUAAAUCUCUAUCCAGUGGAUAGUGCAGUUGGUUUCCCAAAUACUUAUCAGCUGGAUAGUGAUUUAUCUGCUGGAUAGCGCUAUCCAACAUUUGUACAAGCGGGGCCUGGUCCAUAAUAACUCAUAUUUAGGAUUAACUAGUGGUGAAAACCAUAGCACAAUAAGAUAUUAAGAAAAAAGAUGCAAUAGACCUUUUUACCCAUAUGGCGGCCAUAUUGAAUUAAUUUGAUUUUUGAUUUUCUAUUAAAAACAUGGUCUUUCACUGUAUAUUUCUCGGAGGAAAGGCUAUCAUUAUUACAUCCAAACACGGCACAAAGAUCUUUUUUCCCAUUACAAUCUUAUUCUAAGAAAACUUUAAUAAAAAAUGUCCCGAAAAGCGCUCGAAAAUACAAACGAAAUGGGCUCAUGCCCCCUGGGCAUCCUAUAAUACUCCUUAAAUCAAAUUAAUUCAAUAUGGCUGCCGUAUCAGUAAAAAGGUCUAUUAUUGUAAUAUAAUAAUAAUGAUAUUAUUUUAUUAUUUGGUAUUGUGCAAAUUAACAUAUAUCAAACGAUCAAAUGCGCAUUACAAACUAUUAAAGCUAACUAAAAAAUAUGUUAAUUAUUGAAUUAAACAUGAAUAUAUCUGUAAAUGACACCUAACUUAAUUAUUUAGUACUUAACCUAUUACUUACAAUAAUUAUAACUAAAACAAAUGUUAUAUGUUUCAUUAAAAUUCAUAAAAAAGAGAGUAAAAUUAAUAUACACCUAUGUAUAAUUAAAAAUUGUAUGCAAGUUUAAAAUAAUAAGUCUUAAGCUGUUUCUUAAAAGUAUAAUAGUUGUCCUGUUUCCUAAUGUCCUUCGGUAAAAUGUUCCAGAUUCUAGGGGCGGCUACUUUGUCUUUAUCAAAGAGUUACAACGUAGUAUGGGUUUUUCAAUGGUGACUGAGAUAUCAUUAAUUCUGUAUAUUCUGUCUUUUUCUUUAGGUUGAAAUUGAACUGUUCCCUGAUAUGAAAGACAAAAAAUUGUUUCUUCGUUCAGUUCAUGUUGAAGAAGCGCUGGUUCAAGACCACAUGAAUGAGGCAGUGGAUGUGUUCAAACUCAACACAGUGGGACCACAAAAGUAGUUGUUGUUAUAUUUAACUUUUUCACUCCUAGACCACAUUAUUUAUGGCAAGAUUAUUUGCCGCUUCUUUAACUACUUCGCCUCUUCUUCUGUUGCCAUGAGGCCUUAAACACUUCUCCGCCAAUCUUCCCUAUUCGUCAAACAAGCAUGGACUUGGUCCCACAACUUGUUCUUAUGUUUAACUUUUUCACUCUUAGACCACAUAUAUGUCAAAAUUAUUUGUCACCUCCCUGUCUACCUCACCUCUUUGUAUCAUGUUGCUGUUAGGCCUUCGCGCCUCUCCGCCAACCUUCCCUAUCCCUCAAACAAGCAUGGACUUGGUCCCACAACUUGUUGUUAUAUUUAACUUUUUCACUCUUAGACCCCAUAUAUGUCAAGAUUAUUUGUCACCCCCCUUCCUACCUCGCCCUCUUUACAUCCUGUUGCCGUUAGGCCUUCACACCUCUCCGCCAACCUUCCCUAUCCCUCAGACAAGCUCUGACUUGGUCACACAACCCCCAUCCUGCCUCUGCAGUCUCCUUUUCUACAUUCUGUACUAUCCAGUGCCAAGUUGUUCUAGGGCAUCUAUUGUUUCGCUCUUCAUUCUGUGGACAAAUUCCUAUGAUGUUACCAGUUAAAUGAAACCUCUUUGGAAGAACUUCUGCAUAGCACUAUCUAUUUCUUAGGUGUUUACAAAAAAGAAAUUUGCAUUUUUAGUAAACUGUCUCACUUUGCCUACUUUCAGGAGUGAAAGGAUUAUUUUUAUUUAUUUUAUUUUAUUAGCUUUGCCCAGAAGGAUGCAAAAAAAAACAACAAACAAACAAAACACUGAAGAAAUGCAAACACUAGUAAUAAGAACGUAACAAUACACUAAUAAUAACUUAAAUAUUUGGGCAGGGACACUGCAACAGCUAAAGCCAAUUACUGCAGACCCAAAAAAUAAAAAGAUAUAAAAGUAGCAAUUUAAAUCACAUGCAGCAGCUAAUUUCUUGGUCUAAAAACCUGGCCGUGUUACAUUUCAAGCAAAUACUUUUGAAGCUCCUUGGAGAGUCCGGGUCAUAGUUUAUUGCUAGAGCCCGCAAGCAAUAACCGUAAAGAACACAUUUAAAGUUCUCAAAGUAACAUUAUCUAGGUCAAGUCUAGUAAUAAGCAGGUUCCAGAUUCUAGUGGUUCUAAUGAAAAAAGAUUAAUGGUACUUACUGAUAUAGCCAUAUUAUUUUUCCACUGCUUAGUGUUGAGGUGGGGACAUACACAACGAUUCUUUUUAUUUGACAGGUACUUGAAUACAUACAAGAAAUAUCAAGAUUUGCUUAACAACAAAGCAGAAACAGAAAUAAAUGCUUUCAUUCAAGAUGAGCCUGUACUGCUUGCCUUGUCCAAGGUACCAUUUUUUCUACCCUGAAUGUUGCAUUGAUAUUAUAAAAUGUGAAGAUAUGGUUUAUUAUUCAGGUACAGUCAGCCUCUUUAUCUAGCACAAUGCCAAUGUCUGUUGUAGCAGGGUGUAAGCAAAUUUUUGACUUAGCUUCUUUCUGAUAAUAAUUACCUUUGGUAGUGUGCCUAGUAUUGUAUACCGGUAUGUCAAUUUCAUUUGACUUUUUUCUUUUGCCUUGCUCAGGCUUUUCACAUUGAUUUCGCGUUUUGCAUUUUAUUCUGGCAGAAUUACAAAAUUUAGGGUGGGCCAUGGCCCAGCCCAGGUCUUGUUUUCACCCAUGGCAGCAGCAAAGUGUCAACUAAUGGCAUUUUAAGACCUUCACAUCACGUUCCCAACAUGCUAGCAUUCUUAAACUGGAGCAAUUGCUGUUGGUGACUGAACUUUCACCUUAUCUGUCAGAACUUAAUCAUGUAUUUUCCUUCUCUCCUCCAGAAAAUUGAUUCAUACCAGAAUCUCUCCAAGGAAAUUGCUUCAUUGCAUAUUACUGUUCCCCUAAACAUGCUCUGCUUAAACUGCGAUGAUGUCAAUCAAGAGUUGUCUGCCCGAGCUGCACGUCUAGCCGACAAAAUGAUCCAUUAUGUUGUAGAUCAGAACAGAGAUAGAAACAGAGGGUAAACAUGUUUGAAGUGUGACACUUUCCACUAAUCAAAUGACCAUCUUAAGAUAAUAGACGUCAACUUGAAAUAACCAUUGAAGCUCUCCACCAUCAGUCUUUUGUACAGGAUUUGAGUUUUACAAAGUGAGAGCCAAAAAGUAGAAAUGACAAAGUAGAAACCAGUGAAUAUCAAACGUUUUUCUUGCAUGUUACAAAUAAAAUAGUUUCAACUUGAAAUUAAUUGGAUACGGUCUUUGUUUUCAGCAAUCUCUUUGUUAUCUGUUUAACCGUCUGAAACAGUCAUAGGUUUAUGACAAAACAUAAAAACAGGAAAAUUAACAGUUAAAAUAAUAAUGAUAAUGAUAACAGCUAAUUCAAAGUUAUUUGUAAUUGUACUUGUAGCCUGUGUAGAUCCUACGAUGAGAUAUCAGACAAAGUCCAAGAGAUGCCUGACAACACAAGUGACUUGGUUGCUCUGACACAAUUCUUGGAGAACGCCAGUUCUGUUACUGUAGUUAAUUUGCAAACUGCUGUUGAUGAGGCCGGGGAGAGACUGUUGUUUUUACUGGAAUAUGCCACACUUCCAUGUAUGUUAGCUUUCUUUGCUCAUUUGAUAUUUCCUAACUUACUGGUUGAGUUCACCCGUGAAGUUAACCCGUGAAGUCUCAAGCAACCUCGUUCCCAGGGUUCUCAGGAGAGAGAACCUGGGAAUGAGGUUGAAGUUUGCUGUAGCUCAGUGAUAGAGCAUCUGUUCUUGCAACCGGUGUGUAUGUGUGAUUGACUCCUGUUGGAAGAACUCCGAGUUUUAUUGCCACAGUCGCCCCUGUGACUUAGGCCCGGUUCAGACGCCGAACUUUUCAUGAGCCAAACCUAAUUCGAAUUAAGGCCGACAUAAAUUAUUUAGACCGGUUGAAUUGAUUCAGACGCCCAUCUUAAUUGCAGCUGAACUAAGUUCAAAAGGCGGAAAAUGUUCAUUUCGNUUUGUUAUCUGUUUAACCGUCUGAAACAGUCAUAGGUUUAUGACAAAACAUAAAAACAGGAAAAUUAACAGUUAAAAUAAUAAUGAUAAUGAUAACAGCUAAUUCAAAGUUAUUUGUAAUUGUACUUGUAGACUGUGUAGAUCCUACGAUGAGAUAUCGGACAAAGUCCAAGAGAUGCCUGACAACACAAGUGACUUGGUUGCUCUGACGCAAUUCUUAGAGAACGCCAGUUCUGUUACUGUAGUUAAUUUGCAGACUGCUGUUGACGAGGCCGGGGAGAGACUGUUGUUUUUACUGGAAUAUGCCACACUUCCAUGUAUGUUAGCUUUCUUUGCUCAUUUGAUAUUUCCUAACUUACUGGUUGAGUUCACCCGUGAAGUCUCCUGCAACCUCGCUCCCAGGGUUCUCAGCAGAGAGAACCUGGGAAUGAGGUUGAAGUUUGCUGUAGCUCAGUGAUAGAGCAUCUGUUCUUGCAACCAGUGUGUGUGUGUUUGACUCCUGUUGGAAGAACUCCGAGUUUUAUUGCCACAGUCGCCUGUGUGACUUAUAAGGCCCGGUUCAGACGCCGAACUUUUCAUGAGCCGAACCUAAUUCGAAUUAAGGCCGACCCAGAUUAUUAAGACCGGUUGAAUUGAUUAAGACGCCCAUCUUAAAUGCAGCUGAACUAAGUUCAAAAGGUGGAAACUGCUCAUUUCGGUCAAACUGCUUACAAAAUACGUUAUAAUUUAUUUAUGCGUUAGGCUCGGUACAUGAAAAGUUCGGCGUCUGAAUCAAAGCCGUUCCAAAGUCGCUCCAAAGGCGAAAUUCCUGCCCGGGCUAGGCGAAAAGAACGGCUAAGUCGUUCCAGAUUGAAACAGGCAUUCCUAAUUUAUUCAGACACCGAACUUUUCAUAAAACUUAAUUCAAUGUAUUAGGUUCCGCUCAUGAAAAGUCGGCGUCUGAACCGGGCCUUAGUAAACAAAAAACCAUCAUUCUCCAUACUUAUUUGCUGCUUUUUGUGUUACAUUUAUAGUUGUAGAACUGUAACUUUUAUUUAAUUAGUAAGCAUUAACAAAACAUCGCACUUGCAUUUCAGACGAGGAUCUGAAAUUGAACAGCACUGUUUUCCACUGGCCUGAGCACAUUCAAAAGAUCUUUGAGCUCAGCAAGAACAGGAUUGGACAUAGAAAGGAUCUUGCGAUGGAUGAGGUCAAGAGAAAGUAAGUGAAUAUUAUUUUACAGUGUAAUAAAAAGCUCUUUUUCUGUUGGUUGUUGUGUGAAUUUGGCAAAUUCUAUGAUCACUGGAGAAGUAAACAUCAUAGCAGAUCUUGGUACGAAGUUCAUCAAAAUAGCUACUUUGUGGACCGGCCAGAGUUCCUUUACAAUUUUUUGUUAGGAGGAGAUUAGCUGGGAUCGCGGCAAUGUGAAAAUUUUAGUAGCUCACAAAUUCAGAUAAUGAGAUUUUGGAUCCUUAAAGUUCUGUUAAAACUAUCACUUAAGGAACUGUAAAGAUCAAACUAAUGGCUUGCAUGUCUUGAAAAAUAUUACGCAACAGUUAGUCUUCCACGUUGUGCUGCAGGAAAGAGCAUUGCCAGACUACCCAUCUAGCCUUUUCUAGGCGUCCAGAUAGUCGAGGGUGGCGCGAAAUGGAGAGCGGAGAGGAAAAAGGCAAAAGGAAGGAAGAGGGGGAGAGUGAGGGAACCUUCCCUCUCUCCCUACCCCCACCCCCACCCCCUCGCAGUUUUUUGGCUAGACAGUCUGCGAUCCAUCUGAUCGCUCGUAGAUCGUAUAACCUUAUAUAGAAAACGUCAUCGUAAUUAGUUUUUGUUUUUUUUGUCCAGGGUCAAGGCAUUUGAAGAUAAACUUAAUGGUUACAAUAAAGAAGUUGAAGCAUUUAGAAAGAAAGAGGCAAGUUAUUAAUAAUGGUAAUUGAACUGAGUGGAGUGAAAUUUGGUCUGAAAUCAUACUUGUGAUUUCAAAAUCAAACGAGCGCGCAGCGCGAGUUCGAUUUGAAAUCACAAGUAUGAUUUCAGGCCAAAUUUCACUCCACUCAGUUCAAUUACCACUUUAUUACAGCCAUUUUGAAAUCACAGAAUUCAGUCAGUACGAAUACUGUAUUUUAUUGAUCAAGAAGCCGGUUUGUUAAAAAGCGGAAACAAAAAGGCUUUUACAUCUCAUUUUGUAUUCGAAACAGAAAUGAUGCGAUAUAGCACAAAAAUGGUGCGAUUUAAAACAGAAAUGAUGCGAUUUAGAACGUGACUGACGCGAUUUGGAGCAGAUGCGAUUUAGAGCAAAAAAUGGUGCGAUUUAGGGAUAAAUCACACUGCUGAUAGCCAAUCAGAUUGCACGGAUAGCCAGUGAUUUCAAAGUGGAUGUAAUAAAGACGGAAACCACCAGGAAAUUGAGUAAUUUUAAUUUUCAGUGGACAAAACCUUGUAACCGGAAAAUUUUAAGCACAUUGCAUUCUUUCGUACACUUUUCAAGUUUAUAGCCCUCGAAAAGUGUAAACAAGAAUGCAAUAUGAUUGAAAUUAUUCUGGCACAAGGUUUUUGUCCAGUGAAAAUUAUAAUUACUCAAUUUGCUAAUGGAUUCCAUCUUAAAUAACUGUUUGUUUUUGAGUGACGUGAAUAUUGUGUUUUUAUCUUUCAUUUUAUAGUUUUCUUCGAAUGUUCUCAUUGUUUGUCUUUUGAUUUUAGAUUAUGGCAGUAGAUGAAAUGAAAAAGAAUGUUGAGAAACUUGAUGAACUUGAAGAAUCACUGAAAAAUGCGCAAGAAGAAUUAAUUGUAAGUUAAAAUUCCACUGCAUUACUCAGGUUUUAAAUAAUGAGUCAUGGUCGGUAGUUUCAUUAGAUUUCAUUAACUCGAGCGGAAAAGAUAUAAUAUUCCUUAUGUCAGAAGCAUGGAAGAAGGAAAGAAACGAGUUUUUUCUGCGGGAUUUAAACUGCAUGAACAACUCCUCUUUAGCUUUCCUAGCUGACAAGGAAUGUGGGAGUGUUUUUUUUCUGCGAAGCCACUGUUAGAGAAAAUCGCGGUGAGAUCUCUAUUUCAGUCAUCUCCAUUCUUUUCGCGUAGUGGCUGCUUUUGUGAUCUUCGUUUACAGCCGCGGGCGACAAGUCCCGCCAGCUACUCAGGCUACUCUUACUGAGCUACGAAGAGACACAUGGCAUGCUUGGUCUUUUACACGUACUUUUGCUUCUUAUGUACAGCUGUAUCAAGUGUCCUACUUUAAUACUGCUAGGAUUAGUCUCCUACCCAGCUUUUUUUGUCUCGUCACGCAACGCUACUCUUCAGUCAAAAACGGCUGCGUAGAAAAAUACGAUGCUCGGAUCAGCAGUGAUUGAAGCGUGUUGUGUGGCUAUAAAAAAUGGCUAUUUCCGAGUUCCAAAAAACGAGGCUAAGUGCAAAUUUUUACCUGUGAUAUUGAGUUUCAUCUGCAUGGGAAUAAAAAAUCGUUUUUAACUCAAUGGUUUGGUACUUAGCCUCGCUUUGAAACAGAGGCUUGAGGCAACUGGCUAAUGGCUUAUUAAGAGCGUGUUAACCCUUUCACUGCCAAAUGUGGCCAAAGGUAAAAUUCGACAAAAACUCCCAAAUUUCAUUUUGUGAAAUUUUGAAAAACACGUAGCACCAUGUGUAAAUACAGGUAGAGAGGUUUCAUUUGAAUGGUCACUCCAUAGGGUUUCGUCCACAGACUCAAAAGUUAGAGCUACCUUACAAAACUCCAUCAAGCACUCUGGCAGUGAAAGGGUUAAUGAAAUUAGAAAGAUGUAUUUGUUAUCUGUUUAACCGUCUGAAACAGUCAUAGGUUUAUGACAAAACAUAAAAACAGGAAAAUUAACAGUUAAAAUAAUAAUGAUAAUGAUAACAGCUAAUUCAAAGUUAUUUGUAAUUGUACUUGUAGCCUGUGUAGAUCCUACGAUGAGAUAUCAGACAAAGUCCAAGAGAUGCCUGACAACACAAGUGACUUGGUUGCUCUGACACAAUUCUUGGAGAACGCCAGUUCUGUUACUGUAGUUAAUUUGCAAACUGCUGUUGAUGAGGCCGGGGAGAGACUGUUGUUUUUACUGGAAUAUGCCACACUUCCAUGUAUGUUAGCUUUCUUUGCUCAUUUGAUAUUUCCUAACUUACUGGUUGAGUUCACCCGUGAAGUUAACCCGUGAAGUCUCAAGCAACCUCGUUCCCAGGGUUCUCAGGAGAGAGAACCUGGGAAUGAGGUUGAAGUUUGCUGUAGCUCAGUGAUAGAGCAUCUGUUCUUGCAACCGGUGUGUAUGUGUGAUUGACUCCUGUUGGAAGAACUCCGAGUUUUAUUGCCACAGUCGCCCCUGUGACUUAGGCCCGGUUCAGACGCCGAACUUUUCAUGAGCCAAACCUAAUUCGAAUUAAGGCCGACAUAAAUUAUUUAGACCGGUUGAAUUGAUUCAGACGCCCAUCUUAAUUGCAGCUGAACUAAGUUCAAAAGGCGGAAAAUGUUCAUUUCGGUCAAACUGCUUACAAAAUACGUUAUAAUUUAUUUAUGUAUUAGGUUCGGUACAUGAAAAGUUGGGCGUCUGAAUCAAAGCCGUUCCAAAGUCGCUGCAAAGGCGAAAUUCCUGCCCGGGCUAGACGAAAAGAACGGUUGAGUCGUUCCUGAUUGAAAAAGGCAUUCCUAAUAAUAUUUAUUCAGACACCGAACUUUUCAUAAAACUUAAUUCAAUGUAUUAGGUUCGGCUCAUGAAAAGUUCGGCGUCUGAACCGGGCCUAAGUAAACAAAACACCAUCAUUCUCCUUACCUAUUUGCUGCUUUUUGUAUUACAUUUAUAGUUGUGGAACUGUAAUUUUUAUUUAAUUACUAAGCAUUAAUAAAACAUCGCACUUGCAUUUCAGACGAGGAUCUGAAAUUGAACAGCACUGUUUUCCACUGGCCUGAGCACAUUCAAAAGAUCUUUGAGCUUAGCAAAAACAGGAUUGGACAUAGAAAGGAUCUUGCCAUGGAUGAGGUCAAGAGAAAGUAAGUGAAUAUUAUUUUGCAGUGUAACAAAAAGCUCUUUUUCUGUUGGCUGUUUUGUGAAUUUGGCAAAUUGUACGAUCAGUGGAAAAGUAAACAUCAUAGCAGGUCUUGGUACCAAGUUCAUCAAAAUAGCUACUCUGUGGACCGGCCAGAGUUCCUUUAGAAUUUUUUGUUAGGAGGAGAUUAGCUGGGAUUGCGGCAACGUGAAAAUUUUAGUAGCUCACAAAUUCAGAUGAUGGGAUUUUGGAUCCUUGAAGUUCUGUUAAAACUAUCUCUAUGUAAAGGUCAAACUAAUGGCUUGCAUGUCUUGAAAAAUUUUACUUAACAGUUUUACCCAUCUAGCCUUUUCUAGGCAUCCAGAUAGUCGAGGGUGGCGCGAAAUGGAGAGCGGAGAGAAAAAAGGCAAAAGGAAGGAAGAGGGGGAGAGUGAGGGAACCUUCCCUCUCUCCCUACCCCACCCCCUCGCAGUUUUUUGGCUAGACAGUCUACGAUCCAUCUCAUCGCUCGCAGAUCAUAUAACCUUAUAUAGAAAACGUCAUCGUAAUUAGUCUUUCUUUAUUUUUUGUCCAGGGUCAAGGCAUUUGAAGAUAAACUUAAUGGUUACAAUAAAGAAGUUGAAGCAUUUAGAAAGAAAGAGGCAAGUGAUUAAGACGGAAACCACCAGGAAAUUGAGUAAUUUUAAUUUUCAGUGGACAAAAACCUUGUACCAGAACAUUUUAAGCCACAUCGCAUUCUUUCGUACACUUUUCAAGUUUAUAGCCCUCGAAAAGUUGUAAACAAGAAUGCAAUAUGAUUGAAAUUAUUCUGGCACAAGGUUUUUGUCCAAUGAAAUUUAUAAUUACUCAAUUUCCUAAUGGAUUCCAUCUCAAAUAACUGUUUAUUUUUGAGUGACGUGAAUAUUGUGUGUUUUUAUCUUUCAUUUUAUAGUUUUCUUCGAAUUUUCACGUUGUUUCUCUUUUGAUUUUAGAUUAUGGCAGUAGAUGAAAUGAAAAAGAAUGUUGAGAAACUUGAUGAACUUGAAGAAGCACUGAAAAAUGCACAAGAAGAACUAAUUGUAAGUUAAAAUUACACUGCAUUACUCAGGUUUUAAAUAAUGAGUCAUGUUCGGUAGUUUCAUUAGAAUUCAUUAACUCGAACGGAAAAGAUAUAUUAUUCCUCAUGUCAGAAGCAUGGAAGAAGGAAAGAAACGAGUUUUUUCUGCGGGAUUUAAACUGAAUGAACAACUCCUCUUUAGCUUUCCUAGCUGAUAAGGUGGGAAUGUGGGAGUGUUUUUUUUUUGUGCUAAGCCACUGUUAGAGAAAAUUGCAGCGAGAUCUCUAUUUCAGUCAUCUUCAUUCUUUUCGCGUAUUGGCUGCUUUUGUGAUCUUCGUUUACAGCCACGAGCGACAAGUCCCGCCAGCUACUCAGGCUACUCUUACUGAGCUACGAAGAGACACAUGGCAUGCUUGAUUGUUUACAUGUACUACUGCUUCUUAUGUACAGCUGUAUCAAGUGUCCUACUUUAAUACUGCUAGGAUUAGUGUCCUACCCAGCUUUUUUUGUCCCGUCACGCAAGCUCCUCCUCAGUCAACAACGGCUGCGUAAAAAAGACUAUGCUCGGAUCAGCAGUGAUUGAAGUGUGUUGUGUGGCUAUAAAAAAAGGCUAUUUCCGAGUUCAAAAAACCCUCACUUUCAAAACGAGGCUAAGUGCAAAUUUUUACCUGUUAUAACGAGGUUCAACUGUAUGGGAAUGAAAAAUCAUUUUCAACUCAGUGGUUUGGUACUUAGCCUCGCUUUGAAACAGAGGCUUGAGGCAACCCGGUUAUGUCUUAUUAAAGGCGUGUUAGACCUUUCACUGCCAAAUGUGGCCAAAGGUAAAAUUCGACAAAAAAAUCCCAAAUUUCAUUUUGUGAAAUUUUGAAAAACAAGUAGCACCAUGUGUAAGUACAGGUAGAGAGGUUUCAUUUGAAUGGUCACUCCAUAGGGUUUCGUCCACAGACUCAAAAGUUAGAGCUACCUUACAAAACUCCAUCAAGCACUCUGGCAGUGAAAGGGUUAAUGAAAUUAGAAAGAUGUAGCUGUAAUAUUCUUUAUUUNUACAGGUAGAGAGGUUUCAUUUGAAUGGUCACUCCAUAGGGUUUCGUCCACAGACUCAAAAGUUAGAGCUACCUUACAAAACUCCAUCAAGCACUCUGGCAGUGAAAGGGUUAAUGAAAUUAGAAAGAUGUAGCUGUAAUAUUCUUUAUUUUGUUUACUGAUGUUGUUAUACUUUGCUUUGUAGCAAGUGAAUACAGAAGAAGAAUUGUUAGAGUUUGAGGCCACACAGUUCCCGAUUCUCCAAACUAUGAUGGCUUACAAAGAACCUUAUGAUAAGCUAUGGAGAACAGCCUUGUCUUUCCAUAACAAACAUGAAGCCUGGCUUAACGGUAAGCCUUGAGACUGUCCUUUUAUAAAGUAAUGAAGUUGGCUGACCGGCAAAACGCAGUUACAUUAUGUAUUAGUAAAGAUAAGUAGUCACAUUCAACAUUUCAAACAGGCUGGGUAAACGUUCAGUAAAUAGAGCAACUGGAAAUAUUAGAUCCGGCAAUGAAAGACGUGAAGCAUGAAAUAAAAAGCACUUACAGUUCUAAUAGUGUCUGCGUGGCAUACGUACCGCCCAUGUAAAUAUAGCAAUUAAUGCCUUUUAAGGCUGAGAUGAUAUACCUGUAAGUUAGUGACUAAAAGCGAAGUCCUUGUUUUCCUGAUUAUUCGAUUUUUUCUCGGUAGAGGUCAAGUCUAUCCAUUUAACUUCACAGAUUCUCCAUAUACAGUGAUAUUAGGGAGCUUAAGCAAAGACAACGGCCACGGCCACGGCUACGAAAACGUCACUUAAAAAGUGAAUUCGCGCUGCCUCAAACUUAAUCGCGCUUAUUCCAUGUCGUUUCAUUCGUCAGAUGUUGGCAUAUUUUUUUGGAGUUGAAGGAUUGUAUCAAAGUUCAGGAAAACGAAAAGAAGAUGAUUGUUUAGUGUUCCCGUCCUCGACAAAGCGUGAAAUUAGGCACUUUCACGUUGUAGUCGUGCAACGGCGGUUAAGAAAUGUUCCAAAAAGGCGCGAUGCACGUGCAAAGUUGUUAUUUUGCCAUUCUCGUUGCCGUCGCCGUCGUCGUUGCUUAAGUUCCCUUUUGUUAAAACACCGACUUAAGCACCGUUAGUGGUCUUUGCACUCCAAGUCUUCUUCACCAUACAGCAGAACAGAGAGCGCAAGUCUUGUAUAGGACGACUAAUCAUUCUACUUCUGUUUGCUUUCAAAAGGGCCAUUUACUGACAUUAACUCAGAAGAGGUUGAAGAGGAAAUUGGCGGUAUGUACAGGACAGUGUUGAAACUGACCAAAACCUUCGGAGAUGCUCCAGGACCAAGAAGAGUGGCUGAUAGCGUCAAAAGCAAGAUCGACAAGUUCAAAGUUCACAUCCCACUCUUGCAGAUUAUUUGUAAUCCUGGCCUCAGAGAGCGGCAUUGGGAACAGGUAAAAGGAAUGUCCACUCUGUUGAUAGAUCUCUUUGGGGAAACAGUAGUGCCCGAUCCAGACCUUGAGAUAAGGCGGGGGGGAGGGCGGUCAUCCAGACCCUUUGAUAAGGGAGGGGCCCUGGACCCCCGGGCCCCACCCCUGAAUCCGCCACUGGACAGGACUGUCAUUUCUAGGUGGUCAUCCAAGCCACAACUUCUUUCUUAGUGCUUUUAGAAAACUGAGUAUAGGUCAGGCGCCCGGGAUCGAACUCGCGCAGACCAUCUUUCUACGUAUCAACUAAGCUACCCCUUCGUGGUAAUCAAAGUGGAAUUCAAUUUAGUUUUGGUGUUUCACUAAUAAAGACCCUUUGCAGCAACUUUUUGUACACCUCAUUAAAGUAUGGGACAAAUUGAAUAUUUGUAUGUAUCAACAGAAUGUUACAAGUGAUAUUGCACCCUGUGUCCCUAUGGUAAUUUUAGGCAUCUAUAACAUCUAUAUGAACCGUCCCAAGCUUGGGGAACGAAACAAAUCACCUUGAAGUUCACGGAUGAAUAAUACCGUGAUAAUACACUUCUUCUGACUUAUUUCCCCAAGAAUGGAUCCAAGGGUGAAUUUAAAUACAAUAAAUCGAAAUAAUUUGUUUAUUGAUGAAUAAGGUAGUUAUAUUUGUAUGGUUGUUGCAGAUGAGUGAAGUUGUUGGGUUUGACAUCAAACCUGAGGCAACAACAUCCUUGUGUAACAUGCUGGAGUACAACCUUCACAAACACACAGAAAAGUAAGUUUUGAAUUACCAUUCUAGCACUUCUUUUUGGGGCGAGCAGGACGCUUAUCUUUGGGUUUCCUGUGGUUCUUCGGGUGUCCUGUUGCAAUCUGGAAUUUUGUUUGCCAGGAUGAUUUUUAGCAAGUAUAUCCAGCGGUGUCAUCAUGACUUGAUUUCAAAUCGUAACACUCUAAUUUCGUCAUUUUUGUUACACAUUGUAGAGCGCGCAAACAGUUUCAAAUUAUUUUCGUUUGGCCAAUUAAGACCCAAAUCACAAAGAACUCGUGAUUCUAGGACUCCCUUGUUGUCCUUUAUCCCAUAACUAUUAAUUGACCGAAUCAGAGGAUCUGUAAUUAGCAAAAUGCGUAUAUUAGUUCAUCGUUUCUCAGAUAUUUUACUGCCCAGCAUCUGCUCGCAGCAUUUACAAUUUGUAACCUCUGGUUAUAUUUACGUAGUUUUUUUUUAAAAUGAUGGAAGGGUUUAGCAAAUGUCAAUGAUGUAAGUAACUGAUUAAUCUGUUUCCUUAAAGACUAGAUGAGGUAAGCGGUGCUGCUAGUAAAGAAUUUGGUCUUGAGAAAGCCAUGGAGAAGAUGAAAAUUGAAUGGAAGGACAUGUACUUUGAGUUCACUCCUUAUAGAGAUACGGUAAGUAGACAAAGGCACAGCAAGCGUUUGUAGUAAAUUACGUUCUCUGUUCAAAAAGUUAGACAUUUGCUACAAGUUUUUAUCUGAUCUCAAUUUUUUCUAUUGCUUUACUUGUCAGGGUGUAUCCAUUCUCUCUGCUGUGGAUGAUAUACAACUGUUGCUUGAUGAUCACAUUGUCAAAGCGCAGACCAUGAGUGGAUCACCAUUCAUUAAGCCUUUUGAGGCAGACAUCAAGGUUUGUUAACUUCGUCACUGAUGCUGUGUAAAUUGUCUCAGUACAAAUAAUUUCCUGGCCACUCCAGAAACUUUAAGGGGAAUGGGUACAAGAUUGCGGCGCAAUGAUUUCUGAGAUCCUUUGGGUGGAAAAGCUUGAGUUAUGAUUGGUCGAUGUUAGCGUUAGGUGUGAUUGGUCAAGGUAACUAUUAACCAAUCAUCAUAAGUAAUGCUUGCCCACCCAAACCAUCCCAGAAAACGUUGCGCCGAAAACGUUUGCUUCUCAAAACCUACUCGAAAUUAAAAGAUUUGGUUUUGUUGUUUUAAGGAAGUGGAUUUUUGUGAUCUUAUAGCCAUUGGAUAACAAUAGAUAACUGCUAGAUUUGGCUGAGAUGCCAUAGCUCUCUUAAUUGUAUUCCGUCUUUUGAACCGCUGUAUGUCAAGUCCUUUUAAAGGGUUAUUUUUUCUACAUCAUAAUAACGUAAUUUUUCAUCUCACUGUGCUUCAAAUGCUGUACCAGACAUCACAAAGAUUCAUUAGUUGGGGUUCUUCUCAAUGCCUAUUCCUGCGGUAAAAAUUAUAUAAUGCAUUUUUUAAAAUCUUUUCUCACUACAGGAAUGGUGUGAAAAGCUAAUCGAAAUGCAAGAUAUACUUGAUGCUUGGCUGAAGGUUUGUUUCUUCGCUUUUAAAAUACCAUAAUUAAAUAUACAAUGUAGUAUUAAGCUUGUUAUCGGUGGUACGUGUGAAAUUGGACGUCCUGUGUGAGCAGAGACACCUUUUUUGUUGUAUGGACUGGCGUACGUAUAGUAAGUAGCCUCCGCCGACAGUUGUCCCACGCAUGCGUGAAUUGAGUCAGGCGAUGACGCAUGUUUAAUUUAGCGCGCGAUCAGUCCGAUUGAAAAAAAUAACUGGAUAAAACCACAACUUUUUUGUGUUAAGUCUAAAAACGUGCGUUAUUGUUUUCGCUAGUCUUACAAAGCGUGCACAUUAGAUAACACGACAGCAGAUCGAGGUAUUACCAAACCAGUCAAAAUGAGGUUAGAAACCAGUUAUUUUCAAUUUAUUCGUCCAAACUUUUGGGUGGGGAUAGACGGUUAUCAGCAUAGGCUUCUUUCCGCACGCAAGUAGUUUUGUGGAAAGGUAACCCCUGCUCUCAAGGUACCUGCGAGGAAUUGCGAAGGGAGAAGGUUUUUUUUCUCUUUUUCUCUUUCUUUCUCAACAAAUAUCCUUCAUAUUUGGGUAAAAAAAUUCUUACAUAAAAUUUUCUUAAUUGAAUUUCCGCGUCGGGUUGUUAGUUAAAUCUAGAAUUUUCUUAAAAGUAUGAUUCAUGUUCAAUGUCCAUCUUUAAACUGAACGCUACUACACAGUGUACUAUGUGUAGUUUUCUGGGAAACUACCCACCUAUCCCUCCCCUAAGCUAACAUUAACACCUACUUCUCACUUAGGUCAAAAUGAUGGCUUAGGGGAGGGGUAAGUGGGCAGUCAUUGAUCUUCGUUAAUUCUAUUGUAGUGCCAAGCAACAUGGCUGUAUCUUGAACCAAUCUUCAGUUCAGAGGACAUAAUGGCUCAGAUGCCAGAAGAGGGACGCAAGUUUGGAAUAGUAGACAGCUACUGGAAGGACAUCAUGGGAGAAGCAGUAAGUGGCCAACAGACCUUAUAUUAGGAUUGAUGAGAUAAAACCAGUGCUACUGUGGUAUUCCAGGGAGCAUACAAGUGAUAACAUUUGCCAAUACGAGUAAUCGCGGUCGAGUUUGUGUAUUUUUGUCAAAACGAGACGACGAUAUAAGUCUUGCAAAAUGUCCAGUUCGAGUUUCGGGAAGUUUUACGUCAGUAUUGCUUGCUGUAAGGACUCUACGUCGCUAGUGCAUCCAAAAAUGCAACAACUAUCACUUCCACCCAUAAUUUAAGAUGAAGAGUUCUUCAUUUUCUUUGUCUAGAAUAAACAAAUUCGACUAGUUACUACGAUUUCUUGCAUUGGAAGACUUUGUCAUUUGUUUGCCCCCCUGCGAAACCACGUUACACAUGCUUUUGUCCCAUUAGUCCUAGUCAUGUAAAGAUGACGGGUAUCGUGAGUUCCCCAAGAUAAGACUGAGUCAAGUUAUUUACAGUCUUAAGAUAGUAUUGGCCUUUUUAAUGUCGCGUGUGAGAUUGGGUAGGUGUUGUUUCGAAUUGAACUAUGGGACUGUUUUGGAACCGCUAUCGCUUCUUUAAUGGCUCCCACCUUAGUGCUGCGCAGGAACCUGGGUCAAAAUUUAUCCCCCUAAGUAUUCCUAUGGUCCAAUUUAUCACAACUCUGACCCAGUCGCAACAGAAACCUGUAAAUGAAUAGUAUAACUUACAAAUAAGGCAGGAAAUAAAUUUAAGAAGAAGUCAUACGACAGUUUUUAAUUUUAGUAGACAUCUUUUGGAUGAACAGCAUCUAUCGUCAGUACAUACAGAGCCUGUUAGUGGCUUUAUCUUAUCAAUCAUAAUAACACCCUUCUUAUUUUUGCCUUCUACAGCUCGUGACAACUUUAUCCUCAUCAUACUUAAUUGUUAAGUUUCAAGGAGUUCGCUUUCACUAAUUUUGCAAUCGUCGCAAACGACAUCAACAUAUCCUGUAAGAGGUCCUUAUACAUAUGAAAGUUUUGUACAGUCCCGCCUACUUUGUACCUGUAACAUUUGAUGUAAAUAUUUCUUGUAGGUGAAAGACACGCAAGUUCUUGUGGCAACCGCCCAACCUAACAUGCUGGGAAGACUGAAUGAAUCCAAUCAACUGCUGGAGGAAAUUCAAAAGGGUCUUAAUGCCUACCUGGAGAAGAAACAACUCUUCUUUCCAAGGUAAAUUGUCUAACAGUCCUACAUUAGUUGAAAAUUGGCCCGCUCUUCCUCAUUCAUUAGUCAGGGUCCCUGAACAUCAGCUCUUCGUGGUUAAACGAGCGACCACAAAAGACGCUGGAAUCCUGGUGCAGAAAACUUGGGGCCAGUCUCCCUGUUUUUGGAGUGGCGAAUAGUGCGAUGUUGAGAGAUUGCCGCAACAAUUGUUGGAGGCAAUUGGCAGCAACUUCUCAGUGUAUCAUUUUCUGGCCAAGAAAAAACGUCUGUCCGUCGGUCACGGGAACUUUAUCAGACCGUGAGCACGGUUUAUUUGAUGCUACAAUAGGUGGCAAAAUUGUUGCUACAUGGUCCUCAAAUGGGGUAACUUCGCAAUCCACACCCCUCCCCUCUCCCCUCCAUUCAAAGUUGGGGUGCAGGUAGCUCGAACAGCGGCACAACAAUGCAUUGUGGGGGUGGGGGAGGGAAAGCUUUAUGACUUGUCGAGCUCUCUUAAAUUGGACUCUUUCAUACUCAGGUUUUUCUUCUUGUCAAAUGAUGAGCUGUUGGAGAUUCUAUCCGAGACCAAAGAUCCAUUGCGAGUUCAGCCGCACUUAAAGAAAUGUUUUGAGGGAAUAGCCAGGCUUGAGUUCACGGAAGAUCAGGAAGUUGUGGGAAUGAUUAGUGCCGAGAAUGAAACAGUACCAUUCAGUACUAAAAUCAUUCCUGCUAAAGCAAAGGUAACACCUUUAAUGUGUAAGAAUUUGCUUGACCUGGCUUAACUGUAAUAAAACCUACAACCAAGAUGUUCCUGUUGGAAGAGAGCAUAGCACUUAAAACGCGAAGUUCUUUUGUUCGAAUCGAGUUACGCAAAUGAUUAAACCCAAACUAACUGAGUGAUUAUAAUUGCCUCCAUCACCUUUUUUUUGAUUUUCUGUGCUGUGUUAGAAAACGUUUUUCGGAUUUUCAUUCUUGGUGAUGUGAAGGUUGUGAGAUAACUUCAACUCUGCGUUGCAUUUCUAGGGCAUGGUUGAAAAGUGGCUCUUUCAAGUUGAAGAAGUCAUGAUUAGCAGUCUGAAGAAAGUUACAGAGGAUGCAGUAAAUGCUUAUAACCAGACUCCUCGCGGUAAAUGGGUGCAAGAGUGGCCUGGGCAGGUAAGAUACGCAAUUAAAUACAGUCAACAUCAGAUUUGUGUUUGUCAUGUUACUGCUCUGUUGAUCAGCCCCUAAGUUCGCCUGAUAUGUCAGCAAUGUCUCAUUGCUACUGCUAGAACCAUGCAGAUGAUGAGAUAUCUACUAUAUAAUCUAAGCGGAACUUGCAGACGCUAUGUGAGGGCUGCGUCGUCAAGUCGCAAUCUUACAAGAGGCGUUAGAAAAGCUAAGUCAGUGAUACUAUGAGAAUCCCUUAUCCUUCCACCCGGCAAACUACAGAGUGCCUCGCCAUACAUCUUCACCCGAAAAAAAAAUUAUUAAAUUGGUCUGAGCACGUUGUUACUUUGGCUUGUGACUAUUAGGUGGGUGUCAGAUUUAAGACUUUUUUCAGGUAUAAUGGUUUACAUCAAUAUCACUUAGCCUGUGCGAGGCAGCGCCGAUGUCCUUGUCCUGGGCCCCCAACGGACUCAACGAAUUACCGGAAGAGCGUUUCGAAUUUCCUAGCCUGCGUAGCAGGCACUUGGAAGUAGUGGGCACAAGAAAAAACGUGCGCGAGAGAAGGAGACAAGCGAGGGGAGAGGGAGCGUGUCUCCCUCGCGCGCGCCCGUUCUCUCUUUCGCCCACUACUUCCAAGCGCCUGGAACGCAGGCUACGGAUUUCCUUUCAUCCUGAUUGGAAAAUUGACAAUGGAUUUUUUUAGCAAGCCAAUCAUGGCUCGUACUCAAAUCCUGGUGCUAGGGUGGCGGCCCCAGAACAAGUAUUUCGGCGCUUUUUCGCAGAGGGACUUAACCAGAGUUUAGUUUCGUGUGUGCAGCAGGCUAAGAUCACUUUGUCACGCUGUAUUUGGUAGAAUUGUAAAGAGGAUCUCAAGAAUGUUACUUUAAUGCUCGAGUGUAUGUAUCCUAUUUACGUUACUUUGUCUUUUCUUUAGAUUAUUUUAGCUUGUAGUGGUAUAUUUUGGACUGCAGAAGUGUCGCAAGCAAUUCUGGAGAAAGAUGGCUUAAAGGUAAAGUAGUUUUGGAUGAAUACUAGUAACGAAACGUCUUUGUUCCCGUAAUUGUAUAUGAUCGAACCUUUCUGAAAAUCAUGGACACUUUGUUUUUCAGAAUUAUUUGGAAAAGUCGAAUUCCCAGAUUGAGACCAUCGUGGCCCUUGUCCGAGGAAAACUAGAUCGUGGUAUCAGAAUCACGCUUGGUGCAUUGACUGUGAUUGAUGUCCAUGGUAAUGUACAUGUUCAUGCAACACUUAAAUGACAUUGUCACCGUUAGCUUCGAUUACAGCUGGUUCAACUUCACUGCGGAGACUACGUAUAUGAUGUACUUGUUGGUUUGUGAAAACUGAAAUGUUCAAUUCUCUUGUCUUUCGAUGUUGGUCAAUUCAUGUCGUGCCAUUUUCUUAGCUAUGUCUUUGAAAAGAAAAAGUGCCUUUUGACCUCUUGCCCCCACCCCGCAGAGGCUCCCGUUGGGUAUUCCACUAAAACUAAAAAAAUAAGGAAUAGUGAGUGCGCGUGGUACGAGGGGAAGAGAAAAAGGGUUGGAGGGCCUACACUUAAUUCCAUCCGCCAAACUGACGUUGACACAUUAAUGAUUCGUACACAAAGUAGGGUUAGGGUUAGGGUUAGGGUUAGGGUUAGGGUAAGGGUUAUAUAUUUCAAUCAAACUGGUAUUCGUCACCAAAUCCGCGGUGGUGUAGGGGUUAGAGUGAUGCACUCCAGAUCGGAUGCUCUGAGUUCGAAUCCUACUCAUUCUAUCCUGAAUUGUUUUUUUUCCUUAAAAAUUGAAGACACUUUGACUUUUAUGAACAUUUCAUCAAGAAAUUUCAUAUAAGAAAAGUGAAAUGUCUUGUGAGAGGAGGAUGAAGACAGCCUUUUGACACUUCAGUAAGCAGGCGUUUUUCUUAUUUCCAGCUCGUGAUGUCGUUGCAAAAAUGUGCCAGGAUGGUGUAAACAAUACAAAUGAUUUUCAGUGGCUGUCACAGCUCAGAUAUUACUUUGAAGACAAAAGGACAAUUGUGCGAAUGAUUACCACCAGUAUUGACUAUGGAUAUGAGUACCUGGGUAACAGCGGGCGACUUGUCAUUACACCUCUCACUGACAGAUGUUACAGGUUAGUUCACGAAAAGCACGAAAAUUGAAUGGAAUGUCAAAGACUGCAAGACUAAAUUGUAUUUUUUUUUUGGUGCUAGGGAACUUUCCAUGCCUGUAUUGCUAACCUGCUCAACUAAAAAUGAUAAAAUUUGCACAAUUUCGAUCCUUUUACAACACUGCUCAUUGUUAAGAUAAGUUUUCAGUGAGUGGUGCCUUAAUUGUUGCAGUUUAAAUCCACAAACGAAAAAGGCAGUUUAGUGUGAUUAAAUAUAGAGUGAUCAUAAAAAUGAGCGCUUGACAUACGCUGCAACGUGUGACGUAGUACUUAUUUUGAGCCCUGAGGUCUUGUAAAAUAAUGACGGGCGUAUAGUGCAAGGUUAAGGUUACAAUAAUCUUCUUUUUUAUGCAGAACUUUAAUGGGUGCUAUUAAACUAAAUCUGGGUGGAGCCCCUGAAGGACCAGCUGGAACAGGAAAAACUGAGACCUCUAAAGAUCUGGCCAAGGCUGUCGCUAAACAGGUUUGUUUUACUUGAAAAUGUAGAGCUCACUUUCUCAGACUGAGCUUUCCUUAGUAAAUUAAAUGAGUCAAUUUUUAUUUUUGGUUGUCUUUUUCCUAUGUGAAGGUUUGUUACUUACUAGUGUUUAAGUCAGAAAACUUGAAGUUUCUCGAUGGUGGUGAAUUCAGUUUUUCAUAAACGCGAAAUUCCCGGAGAAGAACGAACCUAAUCUGGGCUUUUCUUACUGCUGUGCACACCUGGAGUUGCUGUCUUCUUGGAUAACGUUGUUAAGAACAUUGAACAAACGCUUGGAUAUAGAUUUGACCUAAAGAAAAAAACUUUUGUAGUGUGAUUAAUAUACGAUUUGAUUUCAUAACUGCUUUUUACUCAUUAUAUGCAGUGCGUUGUGUUUAACUGCUCGGAUGGACUGGACUACAAGGCAAUGGGAAAGUUCUUCAAAGGACUAGCUCAAGCCGGUUGCUGGGCCUGUUUUGAUGAGUUCAACAGGAUUGAGCUAGAGGUUAGUGAUAUCAAGUCAACAUAUCAUGCCAUUUUUCGGUCGUUUCGCGUACGUCUAGAGUCGAUUCGCCUACGUGCAAUAUGUCAGUUCGCCUACGAUUCAUAUGUUGAAGCUAAAAAGAUAAACAUACAACAGAGUCAAUCAAUACAUUCCAACCUCGAUGCCAUUGUCUAGAGAAGCAACACAUUGUCAUUGUCUAGAGAAGCAACACAAUAGUUGGAAUGUUGAAAAAACUUGAUUAUCGGAAACCGGUCGUUUACGAACUGCAGAAUGUGUGAAUCAUAUUUUGUUAAAAUUGUUUUAAAAUUGUUGUAAUGAUUGUCAUAGUACGCGAAAGGAUUUUAAGAUGUAGGCGAACUGACAUAUUAGACGUAGGCGAAUCGACUCUAGUCGUAGGCAAACAGACCGUAGACGAAACGACCGCAAUUCCUUUUUUCGCACCUAGACAUUUUCAAGCCCACUGAAACUUGUAUUUUGAAUUUAUUCAUCUUCAUUAAGCGAAGCUAAGACUUUUUAUCCACUGCUUGGUUUCUUUGAUGCUGAAGUUUCAACGUGAUUAAAUACCUUUUGAAUUGAUAUUAUUUUGGACAAGGCGAUCGAUCAAGACCUUCAUUUCACGUUAUUUUGACAGGUACUGAGCGUAGUAGCGCAGCAGAUUCACACGAUUCAGAAGGCCAUCGCGGACAGGAAGCAAAAGUUCAUUUUUGAAGGAACAGAACUUGUUCUCAAUCCAACUUGCACAAUGUUUAUCACCAUGAAUCCUGGUUAUGCAGGACGACAGGAGCUACCGGAUAACCUUAAGGUAUGAUACUUUGUCAGAUCGAGUUCAUCGUCACUCGUGCAAGUUCGCGUCUUUGAGACGCGGCCAUUAAGGACCUUACGAAACUACGACGGCAAUGGCAACUUCAAAAAGCAAUAGGUUUAGUUAACAAAACAACAACUCUGCACGUGCAUCACGAUUGUUUGUACAUUUUUUUGCCGUCCCUGUACGACUACGAGGUGAAAUGACAACAUUUUAAGUUUUUUUGAGGGCGGGAACGGCAAGGCGAUAAAUUCUAGCAUCUCUGUCUGAACUUGGGCGCGGCCCCCUCUCUUCAGCUCCAACAUAAAUUCCCUUCUUUUAAGUAACUGUGCGACUUGGGAUAAUCGCGAAAUGGUUGGAAAGGAUGCGGAGUCUAUCUGAAUUUUCAGCGAGGUUUUCAUGGACGCCGCCGUUGUCGUGUCGAACUGCACUGUGGGACUGGGAAAAUUUUGACCCAGUUUUCUACGCAACCUUGGUAUAGUCAUCAAAGAAACGAUAUCGUCAUCAAAACAGUAUCAUAGUACAAUUCUAGUAUAGCACCAUGACAGAUAAAGAGCGAAAGGAGUCUUUGUCACCUUGACCUUCGUUCGAGUGGGUUUCUGGGUUAGUAAACAAGUUGGCACUUUUAUGAAACCCAGUGACCGGCGAAUCAGACGAACCCAUCUUGGUCGGCUUUGAAGAUGUCAGUGCUGCAGCAGACAGGAUACGAAAAGGAAUUAAAAAACAUCGACCGAGUUUCACGCGCGCUUGCAGUGUAUAUAACCCAGUCAUUCGGAACUUGAUUGCUUAGUACGGUCGAACCUUUGCACAAGGGCCAGCUUGUGGAUCAAUCUUGUGUCCGCUGUAGGGAGGAAGCCAUGGUAAAGAGGUUACACUAAGAGUGAGUGCAUCCGGCGGGAAAAACAAAAGUAGCUGUUGUAAAGAAUAAGCACUGAGUUAGUAGAGAUCCCACUGUAUUACUUUGCGCAUCUUUCUUCUGUCCUUUUGCGCGCAUGCUCCAAACCCAGUGCAUAGAUGGAAGCCAUAACGUAAUAAUUGUGUUGAAUCGUUUGUUUUUCAAUGUAGGUUCUCUUCCGCACUGUGGCCAUGAUGGUCCCUGAUUACGCCUUAAUCAGUGAGAUCUCUCUGUAUUCCAUGGGAUUCUUAGAUGCUAGAAGGUAAUCUUUUCUUUUACUCUGUAAUUCCAUUAUUCUCUUAACAAGAUGUUAGUCCUCUGCUGGUUAAAAUGGAUAUAUGUUGGCGUAGUGUACGCAUUUGAUAAUAAAUUAAACUUGUAAACUCUGUUUACUUCUCCUAGAACCAUAGUGCACGUACUGUACAUGUGACUUGGCGUCUGUUUGUUUGUUUUAAAAUAGUUUGGCACAAAAGAUUGUUGCAACAUAUCAGUUGUGUUCGGAACAGCUCUCUUCCCAGUCCCAUUAUGACUAUGGCAUGAGAGCGGUCAAGUCUGUGUUAACCGCCGCAGGGAAUCUCAAGCUUCGCUAUCCGGACGACGAUGAAGCUGAGCUUAUGCUAAGAGCUGUGCUCGAAGUGAACCUCGCCAAAUUCUUGGCACAGGUAACUGUGCUUUUUUGUCUUUCUAUUAUUUAUUAGCUUGCUCGCAGGCUAGCCUCGAGUCAUUUCCUUAUGAUUCUUCACGGUACCUGGAAAGGUAUAACAAUCAUUCUAAUGGUGGUCAUUUAGUUGUAAGCACCCUUACAAUCCUAACAUUUACACCAAGGUCACCCCCUCACUUUGCCAUAACCCUCCCCCCCGUCGCCAUGCAGGUCCUUUAUUGAACUAUAAAUGUCAGUAUAAAAGUAAUUUGAUUCCCUUGAGACACCUAACAGACCGUAGAAACUCGUUGACCAAGUGUUCGUUCAUUCCAGAUCGGUUGCAAAUAAAAUAAAAGCCGUUUUUAGGUAAGGAGAAAACCGUAGUGUACGGAAAAAAAAAACACUCAAACGUGGUUGAAAACAAACAGCAAACUUAACCCACAUAUGAACACCAAGUCGAGUCAGACCCCAGUCGCGGAAGGCGGGUCAUCUUAACGUUGAGCCACCCUUGCUUCCUUCAUAGUCCUUAGCAUGGGAUGUUUAUUCUAUUUUUGCUUUAUAAUUUUCAGGAUGUUCCUCUGUUCGAAGGCAUCAUCUCGGACUUGUUUCCUGGCACCAGCUGGCCGAGCCCUGAUUACGGAGUUCUGAUGGAUGCUCUUAGAGAAAACUGCAAGAUACGCAACCUACAGUCCACAAAGUGGUUCCUCAAGAAGAUCAUUCAGGUAUGUUCUCACUUGUCAUCCAUUGAACAUCGCAUAUUAGACAGACAAUUCCUGGACGCCGAAAAUAUUAUUCUUAACUUUUUGGUAAGCUUUAAAUAAAGGUGGAUUUUCUCUGUCGCGUAAUUUUUAGGUGCGUAAAUAAAAUAGAGGCAUUGUGUAGAAGGUCAUGCGUAAACGUAAAAGUUGAACCUCGAUCAACUUUUACUUGUACGCGUAACCUUUCAUACAAUGCCUCUAUUUCAUUUACGCACGUAAAUUUUACGUCCGUUCGCACGGAAAAAAUACGCGACAGUGGCAAUCAACCCUUAGGGUUAAAUUCUAAGUAGUCGAUGGGUCGCCUUUAAUCUUUUUCCGUAGGUUUAUGAGAUGAUGAUUGUCAGACAUGGCUUCAUGAUUGUUGGUGACCCACUGGGUGGAAAAACAAUGGCAUUCAAGGUAAAUUUGAAUGUUUUCUUUAUGGUGUGAUGAACAUUCGGAAAGGCUUUUUAUAAGCAAGCGCCUGUUCUCUGAUAUGAAUUUUGCGUUGUUGGUUUUGUUUAGGUUCUUGCGGAUUCAAUGUCUGAUCUUCAUAAAGGAGGAUACCCCCAUCAAAGGGUAAGCAUUUUGUAAUCAGAGACACUUUACUGUAAGACAUUUUGCGCCCCUUAUUUUUCCGUCGAAUUUAUCUUAAAAUCUGUAAUUUCCCUGAUAUCCUAGAUGUCUCAGCGUGGUAAAACUAAGAGGAGUACGCUAGUUCUACAUUCUUGAACUAGCGACACACGGUAGAAUAGAGGCUUUAAGCAGUCGUUCUCUAUGUAGUUAGACCCUUAAACUUUUAUCAGUGGGAAACCUGUUUUCGUGUGUUUUAUUGAGUUGAAAUAGUUAUGCAUUUUAGUGACCGUCGUUGAUAACUAAACUAUCCAACAAGUAGUAUGUAGAGAGCAUUUGGAACUGUUCACAGGUAGCAGCUAGAUCGUUCUCAUUCCAGCAAUAUCAGUGUGGAUAUGCAAUGCAAUGCCUUCAUCGAUUGUCUUAUCCGAAAGCUGACAAGCGAGUGACAAUGAAGAGAAUAGUCGCUCGCGAUCCGUUUCUUUGCUUGGUGCUUGUUGCUUUUGCUAAACCAACCAAAAGCAGCGUGCUUUCCCUCCUUUUUCUAAACCAAUCAAACUAAUUAAUCCAGCUUUGCUUUGCUUGAUUUGUUUGUGUCACGUGUCUUUCAGGUUUAGUCCUCUAGAGCUAACACGAAAAUUCGUUUUGAUUUUCUUCUGUAAAUUUUUCUAGGUGAUUUAUAAGAUCAUCAACCCCAAGUCAAUUAGUAUGGGUGAACUCUAUGGCUGCUUCGAUCCAGUCUCCCAUGAGUGGUCGGACGGUGUGCUAGCCAACUCCUUUAGAGAGCAUGCGUCAUCGACUACAGAGGACAGAAAAUGGCUGAUCUUUGAUGGACCUGUUGAUGCAGUUUGGAUUGAAAACAUGAAUACUGUGCUUGACGACAACAAAAAGGUAGUUGGGUUGGUGCCCUUAAAGUAGCUUUAGAACAAACAACUAGAAUUAAAAACGACUUACUCCCAGAGUAAGCUUGAAGAUUCCAAGAAUAAUUGCCCACUCAAGAAGUAGUUGUUUUUGUUUGCUAGAAUCGUGCAGUUGACUUGACAACAGGUCUUUUCACCAAAGCAGUGCGAAAAAAAAAACUCGUGGCUCUUAGCAAAAAUAAUUGAUCCACUCCCUUGAAAUAACUUUUCCAAGUAGUGGUCAUCUCCGCUUUUCUUUUGUUGCCCUUAGUCAACUAUUCCUCACUUUAUUGUAAACUGAUAAGUACAUGAUAAUAAUAAAAAAGUAACUUAAGUUAUCGUGUUAACCUUAAACUUUGUUUUUUUUUCUUCUUUUUUUUCGUCAGUUGUGUCUGAUGAGUGGUGAAAUCAUACAGAUGAACAACAGGCAGAGUUUAAUCUUUGAGCCGGCUGAUCUGGAACAAGCUUCUCCUGCCACUGUUAGUCGAUGUGGUAUGAUCUAUCUGGAGCCUCACCAGGUGAGACAUGUCGCCUUGGCAGCGAAGGUUUUUCAUUCUUAACAGUCAAGUUAUACUCAUCGUCUUACGUUUGUUCACGUCCUUCAUCUUUCAACUCAAACACAACACAAAACCAAAUAAUUUUCAUGUUGUGCUUCCCAUCAAAGCAACACCUUAGUUUCUUUGAAAAAUAAACCUUUUCCCCAUUUGAGUAUUUUCUUCCUGUUCUCUUAUUAGCUUGGAUGGGAACCUUUGAUGGAGUCUUACAUGAACAUACUUCCCAAGAGUCUGACCGCUGAGCAUUUGGAGACUAUCCGGGCGCUGUUUAUGUGGCUCAUGCAACCGUGUUUGUGUAAGUUAUAGCUAGAGCAACUAUGAAGUGUGAUGUUGUAUUUUUGUGACAAUUUUAUUCACUCUAUGUAUGACUUAAAGGUUUACACACUUGUAUCUUGUUAAUGACCAUGCGAUGAAUUAUGAAUGCGCUUAGGAAAAUAAUUUUUGGGUGAAGGUGUAUAUUACCAAGAGUUUGUAUGGACCGAGAAAGCGAAGCAUUAUGUGGCCUAAAAAGCCCUGUCGUGCGAAAGCAAAGCAGGUGAUCCUGAGCGGAUAACAUAUCUCCAUCAUGCCGGCUCGUGUAGCAUAAAUCACAGAGCAAGGUUUCCUCCAUCGUUUCCCCGCGCUUUCAGUCAAAUGUUAAGAGUGUUUCAAUGUCGUCUGAUGUUGAUGCUUUAACCGAUUUUCUUUUACAUUAAUUAUCAGCUUUUCUCCGCCAUGAGUGCAAAUUUUUCAUCCAAACAUCUGAUAUGCACCUGGUGAAUUCUUUUAUGAAUUUGUACUCGUGUCUGUUGGACGAGAUAGCUGCGCAGGAGCAUGCUGAAGGAGCUGACAGGAUGUCUAGCUCACAAGUAUGUAUACUUCAUCAUCACGUGAUGUACUUGUCUUGCUUGAAGCAAAUUCAGAAUUGCACCCCUCAAGUCUUUCAUAUUGUACGUUAUGCUGUGUUAUUUGACGAGUUUCGGUUAUCUUCGCCUGCAAGAUGCGGCCGUUUAUACUGUAAGAUUAAACUUUGGGUUUCAGUCAGAUUGAUGUUGGAUCCAUUGUACUUAUUUAGGAAUAGUAAGGGUGACCGAGUGCAUUGUUACUCGAUGAACCACUCGCCUAACGUGGAGUGCUUGCUUGCUUUGUCCAGAUAAAGAAACUUGUUAACGAACCCAUGCGGCCCAAGCUCUUGCACUGAGUGCGUUUUUAUAUGGCAUGAAGUACUAAGGGGAAUUACCACCUCCCCGGAAGGGAUACUAGUCUAUGUCAGGGGUACUCUCAGGAGUAUGUUGCGGGACUUGACUUAUACACUUAGUUGGUAGAGAAACAACGUGGACCAAAGUUUUUUGUCCAAGGAAACAACGUAAUGGCUUGAAACCGAAUCUACAGACCAGACUGACCAUUACGUCUGCACAUAACGCUGUGGGAGAGUUUUAUUGUGCUUUACCAUUUAAUAACCUUCCGAUUUCAGAUCACAAACUGGCUUCAAGGCUUGUUUAUCUUUGCCAUGGUGUGGUCCAUUGGUGGUACCAUUAACGGUGACAGUCGCAAGAAGUUUGAUGCGUUUUUUAGAUUGCUGAUCAGCGGAACAGAUAAAGAUCACCCUAAGCCCAACAACAUUAAGAUGACCAAGGUAAAGAAAUGUUGUUAAAUUCCUAAACCCAUAGUUUUAAUUUGCUUACUUAGUAUUUUGUAAAACAUGUCCUUAAAAUUGAAUAAUAGUUUAAACAGCCAUGGAUAUUGCAAACCAUUCAGAAAGCAGCAGAAUUCGAGCUUGUUUGAAGUUUUUUGGUCCAUUAAUCGACAGCUAUCGACAGCAUAUUUUCACCUAAUAAAAUUUGUUAUUUUUUGUUAUUGACAUUUUCAACGUCAAUGAAAUUUAACUGCUUUUUACGUCCUGCAGCAAAACGUGUUUCCCGACCGUGGUACUGUGUAUGACUUCUAUUUUGUAAAACAAGCCAGCGGUUCAUGGAACAACUGGAUUGAGAGAGUGGACAAAGCUAAGAGCGUCAUCCCCAAAGACGCCAAGGUAACGCGCGUUUUCACCUUUUGUUUUUCUGUUUUAGGAAAGAAAGUUCUUGUGAUGGUUUGCUAGAUACCUUGUCUAGAAAAAAGAAAAAGGCCAAUUGAGUAAUCUUAUGCUAAUAGUUAAAUUUCCUUGCUGAUGGUCUCGUUGAGGACAGGCUGCGAUCACCUUCCGACGUAUGAAAAUUUUACUAUAGGUUUUAACGAAUGAGGAGAGUAAUUUGCGAUUGCCAUGUUUGGCUUUGAUAAACGUUAUGAUGUCUUAAAAUCUUGCGCAACCCUCUGGACCAAUCAGAAGAAAGACCCUAACGAAUGCAAACACUUGCCUCCUUGGGUUUUCCCGCGCUUCCAGCUGGCUAUAUCUAUCGCUCAGAGCUUUGAUUGGUUCAUCAGAUAUUCCUCGCAUUUUAUGAUCGGCCAUGAGUAAUUACUACGACACUGAAAAAUCGUGCUUCACUUCUGGUCGUUCUGGUCCUAAGCCUCUAAGCACUGAAAGUUGACUAAACGUCGGACCAAACCUCUUAGCACUGAAAUUUGACCUCUCAGGACCUCAUCGCUUGCUUAUGUCAUCUUCGCAGCCUGGAAGGGUCGCUUCGCUUGUAUUUCUGCUGUGAAACGCGUGAGAUAUACUUGCGGCAAGUCUAAUAACCUACCGUCAACUGGAAAAGCUGAUAAACUAUCGACUCGACAAUCAAGCCUUAAAAUGGGUAUUGUUAACUUGACGAUUUCAAUUUUUGUUUGACAGGUCAGCGAACUGAUGAUUCCGACAGAUGAAACUGCGCGUCAGAUGUUUUUCUUGGAAGCAUUUCUAACUCACAACAAGCCAUUACUGUUCAUCGGUCCAACUGGAACAGGAAAGUCAGCCAUCACUAACAACUACAUCAUUGGAAUGCCGAAAGAGAAGUACGAUCUUUUUAAACAAUUGUAAUCGAUCGUAUGUAUUAAAAUGGUUAUUUUAAAGUGAUCGUCAAGUCUCGUUUUAUGUAGCCACACUAUAUUCUGGUUUAAAACCUUGCCGCAUUUUUUAACCAAUAAGAGUUGAUACCUAUGGCUUAUUGCCCCAAUUUCAGAACAUGUAUGCGACGCUUUUCUGGGAAGUCGCCUCUAUUUGGUUGAUUAUUUUACUCGAUACGUUUUGUUUCCAAUGAGGUAAGUCCCCUGCUAAUAUCAGGUGAAGUAAAUUGUGCAAUCAGCAGACAAAGCAAAUAAGGGCAAUAAUGACUUGAUUUUUGUUCCCAGAGCUGCGAUUAUAUAAAGUUGUCUGUUGCUUCCUUUGGUGUGUAUUAAACCGCUUUUUUUUUGUAUUUCUUUUUUUUAGGUAUCUUCCGAUCAACAUAAACUUNAUGGGUAUUGUUAACUUGACGAUUUCAAUUUUUGUUUGACAGGUCAGCGAACUGAUGAUUCCGACAGAUGAAACUGCGCGUCAGAUGUUUUUCUUGGAAGCAUUUCUAACUCACAACAAGCCAUUACUGUUUAUCGGUCCAACUGGAACAGGAAAGUCAGCCAUCACCAACAACUACAUCAUUGGAAUGCCGAAAGAGAAGUACGAUCUUUUUGAACAAUUGUAAUCGAUCAUAUGUAUUAAAAUAAUUAUUAUUUUAAAGUUAUCAUCUCUCGUUUUAUGUUGCCACACUAUAUUCUGGUUUAAAACCUUGCCGCAUUUUUUAACCAAUAAGAGUUGAUAGCUAUGGCUUAUUGCCCCAAUUUCAGAACAUGUAUGCGACGCUUUUCUGGGGAGUCGCCUCUAUUUGGUUGAUUAUUUUACUCGAUACGUUUUAUUUCCAAUAAGGCAAGUCCCCUGCCAAUAUCAAGUGAAUUAAAUUGUGCAAUCAGCAGACAGAGCAAAUAAGGGUAAUAACGACUUGAUUUUUGUUCCCAGAGCUACGAUUAUAAUUGUCGAUUGCUUCCUUUGGUGUGUAUUAAACCGCUUUUCUUUGUAUUCCUUUUCUUUAAGGUAUCUUCCAAUCAAUAUAAACUUUUCAGCUCGCACCAGUGCUGGUCAGACUCAAGACAUCAUCAUGGCUAAGUUGGACAGGUAAUCUGAACAUUUCUUUUGUGCACUUAUGAUGACAACCUCAACUUUUUUGUUAGUAUCUUUACCGAUAAUUUUAAAAUUUACCGAUCAUUCUCACGCGUAAUGGCUUCUAUAACAGGCGUCGCAAAGGAGUAUACGGACCCCCUCCUGGCAAGAGGUGUGUUGUGUUUGUGGACGAUCUCAAUAUGCCUUCUAAGGAAAAGUAUGGUGCCCAACCUCCAAUUGAAUUGCUGAGACAGGUGAGACGAAAAAGCUAUACUCAAAGCCAGAUUGGAAUUUUACUUGAUUAUUUUUCCACCCACAUUAGCUAAAUCUCAUUAUUGUGAUGUGCAUUUUUUACGCAUUUUCACAGUUUGCGGAACACACGGUUCACUUUCAAACGUUUGGUGCAAAGCUCUUCAUGGGACAGUUGUUGUGAAAACUUUGUAUUUACUUUAGCUGUUAUUUGCGUCGAUUAUUUAUUGAAGUAAUUUAUCAAAUGUUCUUUUUAGUGGAUUGAUCAUUCUCACUGGUAUGAUCGGAAGGAUACAUCCAAGCUGGAGCUCAUGGAUAUGGUAGGCACAUUUUUACCGAUAUAUAAACGUUUUCUCCCACCUAACUAGUGACCUACGCAUUCAGAACGUAGACGCUGCUCUUGUAUUUCCUAUGGAUUUUGGAUGGUUUAAACCGUUCGCAUUUGUUGAGAUUGGCUGGUGUAACUAAUGAGUUUGGGUUUUAUGCAACUUAAUCGAUGAUUGCUCUUUAGAGGUCCUCUGGCCAAGUCACGGCUUUAGUAAGGAGUUUCUGUAAGAUUUGCUUGUGCUGCAGGGUAGCUUUUGAAGUAUAAAAUGUGUCAUUGCCUUAAUUGUAACUAACUCAGAGGACUCGCAUCUCUUUUGUCGCCUACUACAUACAGUGGAACCUUGAUUCAACGAAUGGGCAAAGGACUGGAAAAAUAUGUUCGCUAUAACGUGGUUUCGUUAUAUCGAGGGUUUUUCUAUAUAUUUCACUAUUACUGGGGCGGAGAAUAUGGUCCGUUAUAUCGAGGACUUCGUUAUCUAGAAGUUCGUUACAUCAAGGUUCUACUGCAUCACAAUAAAUACUCUAUGAAUUCCCUUUCGUGUCUUGGUGAAGACAGUUUAUUAUAUUUGAUUGUGAUUUCUUCUAUUUCCAGUUAUUCGUUUCUGCCAUGGGUCCUCCAGGUGGGGGCCGUAAUGAUAUCUCAGGCCGGUUCACACGUCAUCUCAAUAUCAUAUCAAUUGACUCGUUUGAUGACAACACCAUGACCAAGAUUUUUACAUCCAUCGUGGACUGGCAUUUUGCCAAAGGAUUCGAUGCGUCCUUCGGAAGACUG